GCGGCUCCGCUGGAGCUCUGGGAGGGAUGGGCAGGGGGCUGCUGCGGCUGGAGAGUGACAGGGGCUGAACGGACUCGAGCGCGUCAAGAUUAAAAUCUCAGAGAUCCCAGGAAAAGACAAGCCAUGAGCAAACCAGGAAGUUAGUCAGGACUUCUCCCUUGGAGCUUCUGUGCCGAGAAUCCGAUGUUGGGCUCGGCUCCCUGGCUGAAGACAGCACAUCAGCCCAUGAAAACUUCUAUUCCCAGCCAAAGGAAGGAGUCCAGCACAAGGCAGCACCUCUUCUUUCAGGCUUGGAAGCAAGAAAGGGGGCAAGAGUUGGAGAGUGUGGAAUCGGAGAAGACCACUGAGAGGUGACAUUUAAGUUGAAGAUGGGCGGUGGAGAAAGAUACAACAUUCCCGUUCCCCAGUCUAGAAACACCACCAAGAACCAUCAGCAACUUAAAAACAGGCAGAAGAGCAAAGACCCCAACUCUCAGAUGAAAACCUACGUGAAGAAGGAAAGAGGCCACGGCUGCAGCUCCUCUCCUGGUGCAUGGCAGGCCAUGCAGAAAGGGGGGAAGAACAACGUUCACUUCCCCAAGAACCCCAACUGGAACCCUGCUCUGUCCAAUCACAACCUGUUGUUCACCCCUCAGAGCAACCAGAACUAUGCUGGAGCCAAGUUCAGCGAGCCACCCUCCCCAAGUGUUCUGCCUAAGCCACCAAGCCACUGGGUACCUGUUUCUUUUAAACCUUCUGAUAAGGAAAUAAUGACAUUUCAGCUCAAAACCUUACUGAAAGUCCAGGCCUGAGGUGUAACUUGUGUGAUUUUCAGAAGCGAUUUCGACUGUCAGGGUUUCAGAUUUGAGCAUUGCUAUUCCAAACUCCAGGUGUGCCAGGACCAGGUGUUCUUGCUGCAUGUAGUUAGUCACUUGGAGAGGGGUGAAAGUUUACAUUCCCCUCAUCUUUUACCUCAAAAGUUCAGUGCUGUGUUCACCUCACUGUGAAAUAGAUAUUUUCUUGUAAAUCAAUCAAAUCCUGAGCAGUCACCAUUUACUGUAUUUUAAGAAUGGGACUGUGUGCCAAAAUUGGAAUUGUGGCUUUGAAUUGUUAGAAAACCACCUUUUACCUAACUUAAUGCAGCAUGAACUGAAAACAAAAACGCACUGAAAACUUUAGUCAGGUUAUUUGCUGCUUUUCAGGCUGGUGUGAGAUUUGCUGAGCACUCUGCAGAGCAGAAACCUCCACCUGGGCACACGGGGAGGCACAGCUGAUUCCCUCCCUGCCCUGUGAGCUUUAGUGGCACUCCUGCAGAGGUGGGUGAGCGUUUCAAGCCCAGACUCCCAGCUGGAAUGUUCUGGAAGAACUCCUCGGGCAGACCCAGCUGUGCUUCCCAGGAAUCUCCACGAGUGCCAGCUAAAGACCUUGCAUUGCCAGGUGACUGCCAAAAAAGCUCCCCCAAAUGCUUUGUGUGCCCACGGCACUGAGGAAUUCUAAACCACAUUUUUGUAUCAGUUUUUAUAAAAAAAAAAAGGUGGAGUAGUUCCUUAGUUUGGUCUUAAAUUGGUUCCCCUGUAACAAUGAAUAGUUUGGGGCAGGUGUUAGAUGUUCUCACAGGGAAGACAGAGCCAUGUAAAUACAUGUAAAACAUUGUAGCAUAUGUAAAUUUCUGCUGGGCUUUCCUGCACAGAAGUAUUUUUAGUACAAAACUGCUGAAUGUAAGAUGACCAUGUUGAGUACGUGGCCUGGUUUAAAAAAAUGAUAUUUUGUUUAAAAAAAAAAUUAACAAAAAAAAAAGACAUUUGUGGCUGUGCCCUUGCACUUCACAUGCAAUGAAUAUGCACAUUGUAUUUGGUUCUAAUCUCAUUUUUUGAAGUAAAAUCAGUGCAAAAAAUGCUUAUUUAGAUUUUUUUUAAUUAAAGAAAAAAAAAAUUAAAAAAAAAAA